CCCACAUCAAGAACUAUACCAGAGUAAGCUGAGCAGGCCACAAAUUCAACAUGGUUCUCCAGCAAUGUUUGGCAUGUAACACAGUGGUAAGUUUUAAACAAAUUUUGUCUCGAAAUAAGAUCAUUAUUCUACAAGAAUGGUCUACGUCGCUAAUAUUCAAAUUUGUCGUCGGUCGUUAAUUUUCAUAAUCGCAUGAUCAACGGCCCUCAGUCCGUCACACAACAUCGCACAACGCGCAUUACAUCGUUGCUCGAAAAGUUAAACAUCACCGAGAAUUAACCAAAGGGAAGUAAGAAAAUCGGCUGACAUGGCUGGGGUUUGAAUUAAAGAUUUCGAGGUACAAACAUGGCAAAAGACAAACUUAAAUGCACGUGCAAUUAGCGAGUGUUGGCGGGCGGGUGAAGCGACGGAGGCGGCUAACCCAGUACCGAUCACUUCAAAUGAACUGAGAAAACUUUUUACGAAGCAGCCUCUCCUCUGCACGAAUAUUGACCGCCUGUAGUCAUAUUUUAUAUACUACGCUUAUUCUAAACAAAAGUAAUUUGUUCGCAGUGAAGAAAAAUUCAAGAUAUAACUUGUCAGCAGAAAUGUUCGGUGGGCGUAACAAAGACAUCAUCAACCUAGAUUUCAGUUGGAACCCUUCUCGGUGAUUUGUCGAACGCACAAGCGAAAUGCUUUACAAAGAAAUCCUUGACGCAAUAUGUAUUCACACUGAACAAAUUUGGCUUCGAGUUUCCCUUCUAGUAAGCCUCAGCUGAAAUUUAACUGCGUCCCAAAAUAUCGGAAUCGACCUGACCUCUAUCCCUGAUGCGCGCCUCAGCGAGCCAGACAAAACGCGUCCUUUCACAGUCUUCCAUUUUCCAAAAUUGAUGUCAAUAUUAUGUACAAUUAUGACAAAUUAACCUUAACAGAAGAAUUUCAUUCGUUUCGUUUUUCAGCGUCGAAUGCCCGAGAUUUUUUCAGCAUUUCUAGCUUUUCCGUAGAACAAAACGAGUCUAAAUUAUGGGCAAACGCCGAACAAUGCUUUUUUAACACGCCCAAGCAAAAGAAAAAUGUGCCCUUAGAUGGCGUUCAGAUCACUUGCAUGAGUGAAUACUCCCCAGUUCCUCUAAAACUCACUUGUAGCAACGAAUUCUUCAGAUCACCGUAAUCAAAUGCAAAUUAUCAAAUUGUAUCCUUGUUGAAGUUUCGUGUUGCAUGAAACGCGGAAGUUGUACACUUUUGCUCCAAUACUGACAUGGUCAUCCUUUCCCUCCCCCCGUAGAUGACAGAAUCUUGCAGGUCAUGCGUUUGUGGUCACGUGUUCAAAGACGUGAGAAAGAUUUGUGGAAAGAGGUUCUCAGGCAAGUUUCCUUAUUCAGUUAGUGAAGAAAGUUUAAUCCGAGUGGGUGAAAAACAUUUAUGAAUCUAUAGACAGUUUGAAAAGCCGCGCAAUAUCAAGUUUCUUUUUUAAUUUCUAUGCUGUUUAAGUGGCCUGUAAGCCUGUGCCAAUACAUUUUGAUCAUCUCUGAAAAUACUCUUGAAGGCAAACAGUGAAAUUUUUUGUUGUUUUUCCUGCAGAAUAUCGCGCUCAGUUGUACACACGCUUGGAAAACAGGAGAAUAAAACAGUUGGUACGACAAAACCGAAAAGCCAGCGAAAAGGGAACUUCCCAACAACCUCUCAAAGAACACAAGGUACUUACGUGACAGAAAAAUAGAAAAUUAUUCUCGGCGAGCCCAGAAUAAUAAACAGGUCAAGACUUUUCUCCCACUGAUAUCGACCUUGAAACUCGUGGUUUUCCCUAGAGUUCGCUCGAGUGGAAAGGAAGGACAGAGAAGCGAAAUGCUAUGUUUUGAAUGGACUGACUUAUAGAGUUAUCACAGAUAGAAUGACCGUUUGUUUUCAUCACUUCCGAAAACUCGCUUAACGUUUAAGAGUCAUUACCUUGGAUCAUACUGAAAGAGCCUACAAAAAAAUAACAACACAAACGAACAUGAUAUCUUUCCGCAAAGGAGAACUUGCAUUUGAAAUUGAAUAACUGCCAUUUUGAAAUUAGUAGUCAUGGCAUCUCACUCUGAAGUUCUUGUAGAGACAAGCAUUUCGCGCGCACCUGGCGCGAACUCACGCGCGUUUGAUGACAAAUCGAGUCUUGGGUCAAGGAAUAGAGUUGCAAAAUUCGCAAAAAAGUCGUUAAAGAUUCAGUAGCAUGAGACGAUCCGUUAUUUUUCGUGUUCCCAGCUUAGUCAUUCUAAAGCUCAUUUGAUUUGCUUGGGCCACCUUCUUUUUCAGGAAAAUACAGUAUAAAAUAACAGAACUCAACCUUAUACUGAGCCAUCACGUCAGUUUUCCAAAAAUAGUCAAAUUUAAAAACGAUAAACAAUUUUUUGGCUAAAUAUUAUACCCGUAAGCAAUUUUUUUCUUUCAACUUUUAACCAUAGGGCAACCGGGAAGAAUCUUUAGUCGUUGCUUCAGCGCUGAAACUAAAGACCCACUCAGUUCAUUCUAAACCAAUUCACCGAAGAAUAAAAGGCAAACGAUAUUCGCGCCCAGUAAACCCACCAUCAAACAAAACAACCAGCGUGCCACCAGAACUAGUGUCCAGGCUUCCAAGUGCUCUGCAAGAAAUCAACAGAAGACUGACGGGACAAAACUUAGUAUGGUGGACAAUGCACUUAUUAUAACAGCUACGACUAUCACAGGAUCAACUAAACAGGGAGCGAAAGUGACUUCUGAUCAUAAAUGGUCAUACGCUGUUACCAGGUAGCAGACAUAGUUUCAAGACAAAUCUGGUAUCUGACCUAAGUUUCCCGCUGACAAACACGCUGAACUGAAUCACAUUAGGGAAGGAAAGCGUUUCAGACGCUUUAAAAAUUGGUGUCUCCGGCUUGUUUUGAUGCAGUAGAUUAUCAAAGUCCGAGGAACAUAACGAUGUUUGGAUAACUAUGAUCUCGAGGAAGGAGAUAGAACUGUUAACUAUAUACAAAUUUUAUAUUUAUGCCUUUUAUUGGAAAAAUAUCUCGGCCCGAACCCUUAUCUACUUGUAGAUAAGGAGCGACUCAUAUUAUCUACAGGCAUUACGGAAACCGGUCAUCAGUCGUUUCGUACCCAUCUCGGUCGAUUUGUACCCAUUCAACUGAGUCGUUUAGUGCCCAUACUAAUAAAGUUAAGUAUGUUAAAAUAACCGAAUUUAUUACCGUUAUAACAAAGGGGGAAAAAUCACAUUUACACUAGCUUUUGUUGUUAUAAACAGUACACUAUGCUAUUAAAAAUAUCCCAAUUGUUUAGUAGUUUACGCAAUAUAAUUUUGCUUGUAUCUUACUCGCUAGACUCUACUAACUUGUCUUAAGCAACAAUCAACACAACGCGCUGACGUUUCGAUUGAACGUAGAUUGGGAAGGAUACGAAUCGACCAGCGGUUUGGGUACAAAUCGACUCAAACUGAGCACGAAUCGACUGAAUUUGACUACGAAAUAACUUGGUACGAAAGUACACGUGCCUCUACAGGUUAAUUUUUAAAUAAAUCAUAUAUAUUUGCAUUAACGAGGAGGCGAGCGUGGCCUAGUGGUUAAGGCGCUGCACUUGUAAGCCGGAGGUCCCGGGUUCAAGUCCUCCUCCCUGCCACUGGAUGGAUUUGUCUUCGGUG